ACUCCCGCCCCGCUCCACACGGGAAUGCUUCUCUCGGGAUGCGGCGGGACCCUCGCUUGGAUCGCUGCGCGAACCCAGCCCGGGGGCUGCUCCCAGUGCUGCGUGGAGCCCGAGGUGCUCAGGCCGGCAGGGUGCGGAUCGCAGGACCAGAACGGGAUUGAGGUGCCGGGAUCGGGACCGAGAUCGCCGCGGACGGCAGGAGCCGCCCCGGGCCGAGCGCUGGACCCGGCGCUGCUGCUCCUGCUCCGGCCGCAGGGGGCGUGGAACUCCGGGCACGAUCCCUCUUCUGUCGCAGGGAGCCGGGGCUCUGCCGGUAACCGUGCCCGGGAGAACGGCGGUGGAAUCUCCUCGUGCGGAUGUUGGAACUGGCUGUGGCCCAGGGAACGCCAUGCUUACCCUGGGAGCCCCAAAUCCCCCCCGCUCCUGGUGCUCCCAUCCCGCAGGUACCGCCCGCAGCCCUCAGCGGAGAGCAGCGCCGGGCUCCCGUUCCCCGUGUCCCCAGACCCGCGGGGCUCCCGCCUGUCACACCCCUGUGGAAGAAACAGGCUGGAGCACCGUGGGGGCGAGGAGCUGCUCGGCCAGGGCCGGUUCCACUCAGGCUGCCUUUCUAACACCUGCCAGAUCACAGGAUAUAUUGGGGAUUUGCUGGGAUUGAGAGGGAUGCCAAAAUCUGACUCUGGUGUAAAUAGGACAUUUCCUCCAGGUGAGUAUUGCUAGGUCAAAAUGAUGGCAACUGCUGAAGCUGGGGCUGCUUUUGUGGCCCAGAGCUGCACAGGUGUCUCCUGCUUGCUGCCAGCCACGUUCCUUGGUGUUUCUGUGUGUCCCACCUGGCAGGGAAUGUGGGCUAGGAGGAGGCCAGGAGCCCCUGAAAGGCAACUAGCAUCUCUCAUCCUUGGGCUCUGCAGGGGAGGGGCUGUGCCUGCAGUGUCCUGCCUGUGCCAAGCACAUCCCAGGGACGGGCGCUGGGGUGCCCGGCCAGCACUGGCACAGCCACAGCUCAAGGCUACCCGUGGCUCCUGGGCCAGGGGCUGCUCUGAGCUGGCACACAGAAAUGCUUCAGCCUGGAUAGAGGCCACCAAGAGCCCAGAAGCACUCCAAGGAACAGCUGGAAUUUCCUGGUGAUGGCAGUACGGGCCGCUUGCAGAGGGGCUCAGGCAGCAGUUCCUGGUUCUGACCUCCCAGAGCUCCCACGCAGCUGCCAGGUAUGUCCCAGUCACCCUGAAUCCCUUCCCUUCCAGCCUGAGACCAUCACCCAGCAGCAGCAUUAAAGCCAAGGUAAUUUUCCCUCACAGAUAUUAAAUCCCAACCAACAGCCUGCAGAGAUGCUUAAAAUCAAAGGUUUGGGGUGGGAUGAAGUUUUGUUUGAGUAAAGGUGGGAGUUUUCCAGGGAGCCAGCUGGAAGUGCAGAAGGGAUGGAAAGCUUUUACAGAUGCUGGACUUGCCUCUGUGGAUGUUGUGCUGAGCUCUCGCUGCUGGGGACUGUCAGGCCUGAACGGCUCACCUCUCUCUCCAGCACAAAUCCCACUUGGCACAGACACAGAGGGAGCAGACCUAAGGCCAUGGUUUGGGCAGCAGCUGCAAUUCCAAGCUCCCUGGAAUUCCUGGAUUGCUCAUCCAAGCACUCGUGGCAAUCUCAGCUCAGCCCAGACUCUCUGUCCUCAGAGGGAAACUCAGCCUGAUGGGACAUGGCUGUGGCACCCUAUUUUCUCUUGUGCCUGCUGACCUGCAAAGCCAGAGGUAAACGCAGUCCCUCAGACCUUGCACCCCUGAACACCAGGAGAGCUGGAGUUUCACCCAGAUUCCCUAGGCAGUUAAUCCCAGCAGCAAGAAAAAGAGGAACCCUGUAUCCCUCUGACUUACCCCACAGCAUGGGUAGGACCAGGAGCCCUCCAGGGAAGAGCCCUGGUGCUGAAGCCUCUUGGCUUUGGGUGCUCAAACACCACAGCUUUUGGCAAAGACAGGAGGAGUGUGAUGCUUUUUCUUGUCCUGAAAGAGAGGAGAAAAAGAAAAUUAGAUCCACUGCAGAAGUCAAAGGAUCCCAGCUUUCACAUUUCUGCUCUGAUUGCUCAUUAUGGGGUUUUAUCCAUGACAGGUGACACCAAUUCAAAUAUAAAAGUGCCUUUUUCCACCAUUUUUAUACCUAACUAUUUCAGACAUUAAAAAGAUGCUCAUUUUUCUUA